CCAGAGAACGCUUUGCGAUUCAGAUUCAUUACUUUUCUUCCGACGACACAAGUCCGUGAAAUUCGAAGCUCAUAAAAACCCGAUCUCGUGUUUGGAGUUUGGUUUGGCUUUUGAUGGCGACGAGGAACCGAACGAUGGUGUACAGGAAACACAGAGAUGCGUGUAAGAGCGCGCGAGCUCCUUUAUCCGAUUCGUUCGGUGGUCCGGUGAUCGAAAUGGUUAGCGGCUCUUUUGCUCGGUCAAACCACUCCUCUUAUGCUCCUUUGAGCACCAAUGAUCCUGGUCCUUCAAGUAGCAAUGGUGCCUUCACAAUUGGUCUGCCACCAGCUUGGGUGGAUGAUUCUGAGGAGAUCACUUUUAAUAUACAGAAGGUGAGAGACAAGAUGGGUGAGCUAGCUAAGGCUCACUCAAAGGCUCUCAUGCCUACGUUUGGGGAUAACAAAGGGGAUCAACGUGUAGUGGAGAUGAUCACUCAUGAAAUCACGGAUCUGUUGAGGAAGUCAGAGAAGAGGUUGCACAAUUUAUCUACGAGAGGAGGUCCUUCAGAAGAAUCUAAUCUCAGGAAAAAUGUGCAGCGUUCUCUUGCAACAGAUCUUCAAAGCCUCUCCAUGGAGCUCCGCAGAAAACAGUCUACUUAUUUGAAACGUCUCCAGCAGCAGAAAGAGGGUCAGGAUGGAGUAGAUUUGGAGUUUAACAUUAAUGGAAAGAUGUCAAGAAUGGAUGAAGACGAAGAACUUGGUGGCUUGGGCUUUGAUGAACACCAGACAGUCAAGUUGAAGGAAGGGCAACAUGUCUCGGCGGAAAGGGAAAGAGAAAUACAGCAGGUAUUGGGGUCAGUGAAUGACCUUGCACAGAUAAUGAAAGACUUAUCAGCUCUUGUGAUUGAUCAGGGCACAAUAGUUGAUCGGAUAGACUACAAUAUCCAAAAUGUUUCUACAUCAGUCGAGGAAGGCUAUAAGCAAUUACAAAAGGCGGAGAGAACACAAAGGGAAGGAGCAAUGGUGAAAUGUGCGACGAUACUCCUUAUACUUUGCAUCAUAAUGAUUGUCCUUUUAGUUCUCAAGAAUUUAUUGUUUUAGUCAAAAUCAUAUUACGUAUAACUUUUUCUAAAAAAAACAGCUUGCCCUUUUGUUAUUAAGUGAUCAUUUUUUCCAAGCGUUUUAAAUGUAGAGAAAUUCAAACACU